GGUGAGAUCGUCAUGGUGAAGGAGCACCGGGAGCUGGACCGCACUGGAACCAGGAAAGGACAUAUCGUCAUCAAGGGCACGACUGAGCGUCUGACCAUGCACUUGGUUGAGGAGCACUCAGUAGUGGACCCCACCUACAUCGAGGACUUCCUGCUCACCUACAGGACCUUCCUGUCCAGCCCCAUGGUGGUGGGAGAGAAGCUUCUGGAAUGGUUCCACGACCCAAGCCUCAGGGACAAGGUUACACGGGUAGUCUUGCUGUGGGUAAACAAUCAUUUCAAUGACUUUGAGGGCGACCUCGCCAUGACCCGAUUUCUAGAGGAGUUCGAGAACAAUCUGGAAAGAGAGAAAAUGUGCGGGCACUUACGACUGUUAAACAUCGCCUGUGCUGCCAAAGCCAAGCUGCGGGUGGUGACCCUCACCAAGCCGUCACGGGAAGCCCCCCUGGCCUUCACACUGCUGGGGGCGGAGAAGGGCUUCCGCAUCUUCAUCGACAGCGUGGAGCCCGGCAGCAAAGCUGCAGAGGCCGGCCUUAAGAGAGGAGACCAGAUUCUGGAGGUAAACGGACAGAACUUUGAGAAUGUCCAGCUCUCCAAAGCCAAUGAGAUCCUACGGAACAACACUCACCUUUCCAUAACUGUGAAAACCAACCUGCUAGUGUUCAAAGAGCUGCUGGCUCGACCCGAUCAGGAGCACGAGCAUGACGGGGAGGACGAGCCGGACCGCAAGAACGGUGCGCCGCACAUCCCCAAAAUCGGCGACAUGAAGAAGGCGAGCCGGUACUCCAUCCCAGACCUGGCGGUGGACGUGGAGCAGGUGAUGGGCCUGGAGAAAGUCAGCAAGAAGGGCAAGGCCAACACAGUGGGCGGACGCAACAAGCUCAAGAAGAUCUUCGACAAAACGCUCACCAGCAUCCUACCCCCCAAACCCUACAAUGAUGUUGGUGUGGGCCAGUCUCAGGAUGACAGUAUCGUAGGCCUGAAACAGUCCAAGCAGAUCGCCCCAGCGCUGCCCGUCAGCGGGAACCUGUCCUCCAGCAACCCUGACCUGCUGCAGUCCCACCACCGCAUCCUCGACUUCAACAACCAGCCAGACAUGUCGGACCAAGUGCUACGUGUGUUUAAGGCGGACCAGCAGAGCCGCUACAUCAUGAUCAGCAAGGACACCACGGCCAAGGAGGUGGUGGCUCAGGCCAUCCGUGAGUUUGCCCUCACCGCCGCGCCAGACGCCUAUUCGCUGUGUGAGGUGUCCGUCACCCCGGAGGGCGUGAUCAAGCAGAGACGCCUCCCAGAGCAGCUCUCCAAACUGGCAGACAGGAUACAGCUCAGUGGCAGGUACUACCUGAAGAGUAACAUGGAGACGGAGACGCUGUGCUCAGACGAGGAUGCCCAGGAGCUGCUGAGGGAGAGCCACAUCAGCCUGCUGCAGCUGAGCACGGUGGAGGUGGCCACCCAGCUGUCCAUGCGUGCCUUCGUGCUCUUCUCCGCCAUCGAGCCCACCGAGUACAUCGACGACCUCUUCAAGCUGCGCUCCGCCGCUCUGGCUGCCGCCGCCGCCGCGUCCAAGACCGAAGUCCCCACGUCCAGCCUCAAGCGCUUCGAGGAGGCCAUCAACCGCGAGACCUUCUGGGUGGCCUCCGAGGUGGUGAGGGAGCCCAACCAGCUCAAGCGCAUGAAGAUCGUCAAGCACUUCGUCAAGAUCGCGCUGCACUGCCGCGAGUGCAAGAACUUCAACUCCAUGUUCGCCAUUAUCAGUGGGUUGAACCUAGCACCGGUGUCUCGGCUGCGGGGCACUUGGGAGAAGCUGCCCAGUAAGUAUGAGAAGCUCUUCAGCGACCUACAGGACUUGUUCGACCCCUCCAGGAACAUGGCCAAGUACCGCAACGUCCUCAACAACCAGAACCUCCAGCCGCCAAUCAUCCCGCUCUUCCCCGUCAUCAAGAAGGACCUUACCUUCCUGCAUGAGGGUAACGACUCAAAGGUGGAUGGUCUAGUGAACUUUGAGAAGCUAAGGAUGAUGGCCAAGGAGAUCCGUCACGUGGGGCGUAUGGCUGCAGUCAACAUGGACCCCGCCCUCAUGUUCCGCACCAGGAAGAAGAAGUGGCGGAGUUUAGGUUCUCUAAGCCAGGGCAGUGCCAAUGCGGCGGUUCUGGAUGUGACCCAGACCGGCGGCCAUAAGAAGCGCGUGCGGCGGAGCUCGUUCCUCAACGCCAAGAAGCUGUAUGAGGACGCCCAGAUGGCCCGCAAGGUCAAGCAGUACCUGUCUAACCUCUCCCUGGAGACCAACGAAGAGAGUCUCCAGACUCUCUCAAUGCAGUGUGAACCCAGCGUGAACACAUUGCCGAAGAGUGCAGGAGAGAAGAAGAGACCAGACACGUCGCCGGUGGUGUCCCGUGCCGCCACCCACCAGCGGCAGCAGCAGCUCAAGGCCAACCAGGCCCUCCAGGUGCCCGCCGCCCUCUACCCCACAAGAAGGUGCCCAAAGGACCUGCCCCCCUUCGGCACGAGUUCUCCCCAGUCCCUGAAGAAGAUUCUGUCCCUAUCAGAGGAGGCACCCGACAGACAUCGCAAACACGCAGAGGACACCAUAUCCAACGCCUCGUCCCAGAUGUCCUCUCCCCCAACCUCACCACACAGCUCACCCAAGAAAGGUUAUGGGCGGGCGGGGGACAACAUGUCGGACUCAGGCCACAGUGAGAUCUCGUCCCGGUCCAGUCUGGUGAGCACAUCAUCUCUGGACAUGCCCCACGACGACCGCCGCCUCCGACACGCAGGCCCCGACGCACACAUUGGGCCUCGCCUGGAGCGCAGGGCCACCACCGACCCAGACCAGUACAGCUUGGGGUCGUACUCGUCCAUGCAGGACUGCCGUGCGCUGUACACGGGGGCCACCGUUCUCUCCUCCCCCAGCUCUGAGGAGCUCACGCAGGACCAGGGCGACCGCGUCUCAUUGGACGCCGCCGACAGUGGGCGGGGCAGCUGGACCUCCUGCUCCAGCGGUUCCCAUGACAACAUCCAGACCAUGCAACAGGGGCGGAGCUGGGAGGCGCUGGCAGAGGGGGGAGGGCUGUGGGCGGGUCGUGGCAGCUGGGCGUCGGCCUGCUCCUCCUCAUCCCAGUGGUGCGUGCUGGGGGAGGAGUCGGAGGGCGACACGGGCACAAUCAAGCGGCGCGGCGGCAAAGACGUCAGUGCCGACCCUGAGACCAGCAGCAUCACCUCCACCGGCUCCGAGGAGUCCAAGCAGGCCAGCCGACGGCCCUCUCCAUCACCGCCGGCAACGCCAAGGGGUCAUCAGUAA